UGUGUCACCUCGUAAACCGUCUGUGAGAUAUAUCAUCUUCUCACGAGAUUCUUGGUUCUUCACUUCAACUCAAUUCAGCUCAGUUCAACUCGCUCCGAGUUGACUCAGUUCCCCUUCUUCCUCCUUCAACAGCUAGUCUUCUCCGUCAAAUGCAAAACCCGCUGAUUCUCUCCGGAAUCUCCACACCUUCCUCCGUCUCCUUCUUACCCUUUUGACUUGGCUUUUUCCUUCACUUGAAUCUGAUGGCUCCGCAUCUUCGCUAUUCCUUCUUGCUCCUCACUGCUCUAUGCUUCCUCCUUCGACUCAUCGCUGCUGCUGAAGACGGCGACGCCGAUCCGAUUUACAAUUGUGGCAUUGAUGUUUCGAUCACUAAUUUGGCGUGUUUGGUUUCUAUUUGGAACCCAAACCAUGGUUUAGAACAAACCUAUAAAGGAGAAGCUUUUUCCAAGUGAGGUUUUCAAAUUGGGAAACAAGACAAGCUAUUUUUCGUGGGAUUACAAUCCAAACGAGGUUGCGUGGAACAGUGCGAGAAAACUGGAUGUGUAGGUGAUAGAUGCUUUCAACACUGUAAAUUCUCAUCAGACGGAAAACCAGUUGAUGGUCCAUGGUACAUGCAUGAACCCCUUUACCUGAGGUGGAAACAAUGGGACUGCCGCACUGACUGUCGGUAUCACUGCAUGGUAGCUAGAGAGGAAGAAAGAACAAAACUCGGUGACAAGCCUGUCAAGUAUCAUGGAAAAUGGCCAUUUCGGCGUGUUUAUGGGAUUCAGGAACCAGUUGCUGUUGCUCUGUCCGCUCUUAAUCUUGCUAUACAGUUUCAUGGCUGGGUGUCCUUCUUCAUUCUUGUGUAUUAUAAUUUGCCUUUGAGGCCAGAUAAGAAGACCUAUUAUGAGUACACUGGCUUGUGGCACAUCUACGGAAUCCUAUCUAUGAAUUCAUGGUUAUGGAGUGCUGUUUUUCAUAGUAGGGAUGUAGAGCUAACACAGAAACUAGAUUACUCUUCUGCUGUGGCAUUACUUGGAUAUACCCUCAUCCUAGCAAUUCUUCGAGCUUUUAAUGUGAGGGAUGAAGCUACAAGAGUUAUGAUUUCCGCUCCCUUGAUUGCUUUUGUGACAACUCAUAUCAUGUAUUUGAACUUCUAUGAUCUUGCUUAUGGUUUGAACGUAAAAGUUUGCAUGAUAAUGGCCAUUUUGCAGCUUCUUAUUUGGGCGGUAUGGGCCGGCAUUUCCAAGCAUCCAGCACGGUGGAAAUUAUGGUUGGUGGUAGUUGGAGGAGGAGUAGCUAUGUUCUUGGAGAAUUACGAUUUCCCACCUUACAAGGGAUAUGUGGAUGCUCAUGCACUGUGGCAUGCAACAACCAUUCCUCUCACAUUCCUUUGGUGGAGUUUCAUAAGAGAUGAUGCUGAGUUUAGAACCACAUCACUUCUAAAGAAAGUGAAAUAGCAGUGCUUGUUGAAUGACUCAAAUGGAUAGAAGGGGUGGAGGAUUAGGUGAAAGGACAUACAUGGCUUCUUAUUAUGCCUACUUUGAUUUGUACAUCAGAACUUUCUCUUUCAUUUUUGAUAUGAGCCAUUAACAACAGCUGCUACUUUCGGCCCAAUACAAGAAGAUGAAAGCGAUGAGAAAGCAAUUGGGACAGAUAAACCGUUAGCUGAGCAGAGAAACAAGUGUGUGAAGAAGCAACCAGCUUGGAUGAAGGACUAUGAGCUGGGAAAUAGAGGUGCUGUAUAGCAUCAAGUUAGUUACGUAACAACUUAAAGAGAGAAAAGGUUAAAAGGAAAGGCAGAGAAUCACAGGGUGGUAAGAAAUAUACGUAACUAACUUGAUUCUUAUUUCUUACCAUUCCUCAAUGAUAACAAUUCAUAUUUCUUACCGCUCUCUGAAUCUCUGCCUUCUCUUCUAAACGUAACUAACUUGUUGCUACCGCUAAUUUUAUUACUCUACAGCACCUCUAUUUCACAGCUCAUAGUCCUUCAUCCAAGCUGGUUGCUUCUUCACACGCUUGUUUCUCUGCUCAGCUAACGGUGGCCCGAUUGCUUUCUCAUCGCUUUCAGCUUCUUGUGUUGGGUCGGAAGUAGCUGCUGUUGUUAAUGGACUCGUAUCAAUUUUCCUCGUGUGUAGCAUUUAUUUUGUAAUGCUUAACACGAUGGUUUUAUUUGGUCUUUUUUUAACUUUGUUUAACACCUGUUUUCCUCAUUUGUUAGAGAUAUUUCCUUUGUAAAAUUUAAAUUUGCAAUGUCUACUACUCCUUCUCAAAACA